AUGUCCCCCCCAUCAGACACAUUCCAAGGCUGGGUCGCCCACGACGCCACCAGCCCACUCACAUACACAACCUUCCAACCCAAACCCUUCACGCCCACCGACAUCGAAAUCCGCGUCUCGCACUGCGGAAUCUGCGGCACAGACAUCCACACUCUGCGCUCAGGCUGGGCGCCAACCAACUACCCCUGCGUCGUGGGGCACGAGAUAGUCGGGACGGUCGUGCGCGUGGGAUCAGCCGUGCCAACACUAGAGUCAUCUCCGGCCUCGCGCGAGAUCAAGCUCGGCGACCGGGUAGGCGUCGGCGCGCAGAGCGGCGCGUGUCUGCGCAAAGCAGACUGCGAGGCGUGCGCGGACGGCGAAGAGAGCUACUGUCCGCGCAUCGUGGGCACGUACAACGGGCGGUAUGCCGACAAGAGCAAGUCGUGGGGCGGGUUCGCGACGCUGUGGCGCGGGCCGGCGCAUUUCGCGUUCAAGAUCCCUGAUGCGUUGCCGAGCGCUGAGGCUGCGCCGCUGCUGUGCGGUGGGGUGACUGUUUAUGCGCCGCUGCGGAAGUAUGGGGCUGGGGCUGGGAAGUCGGUGGGGAUUGUGGGGAUUGGUGGGCUGGGGCAUUUGGGGGUGCUGUUUGCUAAGGCGAUGGGGUGUGAGCGGGUGGUUGCGAUUUCGAGGUCGUCGGGGAAGAAGCGCGAUGCGGUUGAGGGGUUGGGGGCUGAUGGUUUCAUUGCGACGGGGGAGGAUGAAAAUUGGGCGAGGACCCAUGCGAAGUCGUUGGAUUUGAUUAUUUGUACUGUGUCUGGGCCGGAUAUGCCGCUCACGGGGUAUCUGAGGCUGCUCAAGAGGGAUGGGGUGUUUGUGCAGGUGGGCGCGCCUGAGGAGCCGCUGCCUCAGUUGAUGGCGUUUUCGUUGAUCCAGAGGGGUGUCAAGGUGACGGGGUCGAAUAUUGGGUCGACGGAGGAUAUUCGGCAGAUGCUGAAACUGGCGGCGGAGAAGAGGGUGUUGCCGUGGAUUCAGAAGCGGCCUAUGGAGGAUGUUAAUGCAGCGUUGGCUGAUAUGCACGAGGGCAAGGCGAGGUAUCGUUAUGUGUUGGUGAAUGACGUGGGGACGCAGGCUCGUCUAUAG